GUCUGUCAGUCAGGGGUUGACGUCUACGUGGUGAGGUUUGGAACCACUAACCCGGUUGUACACUUAUCACCAUGGUUGAGACCCGUAGUGGGAAGGAGACUAGCCCCUACACCACUGAGCAGCAAGAAAAUAUGGCCGCCUUAGUCAGAGAGAAUAAGGAGAGGAAAGAGUGUGAAAAGCAAGCCAAGCUAAAGGCUAUCGCAGACGAGCAGGCGGCGAAGAUGAAGAGAUUGGAGAAGGAGAUGAAGAGGGUACAACAGGAGGAGGAAGAAAGAAGGAAGGUUGCUGAAGCAGAAGCGGCAGCAGAAGAAGAGAAAGAGAGGAUGAGAAUUGAGAGUGGGGAAGGAAGUAGUGGUGGCACGAUGAAGUGGGAGACAAAUACUGAGUUGGAGAAGAAGAUCAGCGAGUGGGUCGCUAAUUUAUCGUUGGGGGAAGACGAGGAGGCGGAGUCCUAUGUGACUAAGGAUGAGAAGGUUGCGCUGGCCGAUGAGCUAGCAGCCAUGACAGACCCAAUGGAACGAAGAGAGAGGGAAGACGAGCAAAAGUUAGCAUGGAAGUUGAGAAUGAAGAGGGAGAAGAAGAGGAGGAGAGAGGAAGUGAAUAACAUGACCGCCGCAGUGGCAAAGGUGCAGGAGUGUAGAGCGGAGGUGCUGGCCCAGCCAAAUGAUAAGGCCAAGUGGGACAAAGUAGUGGGCUAUCUAGAGGUGUAGAGCAAGGCCUUGAUGGAGGAGCACCCGACAAGCUGGAGCCAGGAUGUAGCGUUGAGUGUCAUGCGGUCCGGGUUCAGGGAUUUUGCCCGGAAAUC